AUGCCGAUUGAUCUGUGGGAAAAAUACAAGGACGAUAUGACUGAGGAUAUCUUACACCGAAUGCGUCUCACAACUUCAAAUCCACAUCUAGAAAUAGGAGUGGAAAUAUACAAUGAAGCGCUCAUUCUUAUCGAGGACAUCUGUUUAACGAUGGUUAAUAAAAUGCUGACACAAUUAGGAAUGAUUUCACCAAAUCGUUCAAUGCACGUUGCAUUUAAUCAAGAAGUGCAAAGAGAGCUUAAUUAUGAUCGCGAUGAAUUAAAAGAAACUGUGCGAUCGAACAUUCCCAAGAUGAAUCACAACCAGAAAAGUGCGUAUGACACCAUUAUAAAAGCUGUCAACGAUGAAAGUGGCGGAAUAUACUUUUUGGACGCGCCUGGAGGCACUGGAAAAACAUUUUUGAUUUCGCUGCUAUUAGCAACAGUUCGAUCGCAAAAUAAAAUCGCAUUGGCGCUUGCGUCAUCGAGUAUUGCUGCCACCUUAUUAGAUGGUGGCCGAACAGCACACUCAGCACUUAAACUGCCGCUGAACAUGCAAAUCAACGAAAACCCCACAUGUAACAUUUCCAAAACAUGCCCAAUGGCCAUAGUAUUGCAGCAGUGUAAAAUAAUCGUUUGGGACGAAUGCACCAUGGCUCACAAGAAAUCAUUGCAAGCGUUGGAACGGACAUUACAGGAUCUUCGGGACACGCGAAUUCUGUUCGGCGGUGUCUUGAUACUGUUGGCUGGUGAUUUUCGCCAAACUCUACCAGUAAUUCCACGAUCCACGGCUGCUGAUGAGAUCAAUGCAUGUUUGAAAUCAUCGAAUUUAUGGCGGCAUGUUAAAACACUACCCUAG